GUACGUAUGGAUAUUUAAGAUGGCAGCGUGAGACCACGCAUUCAGAUUUCUGCUUUGGAGAAGACAGCUUGUCAGCGUUGGAGAAGAAGAAAAGAAGGAACUUCGAGCUGCAGGAGAUUUUCAGCUGUGCUGCCGGCAAUUCAUCGUAGAAAUCGAAACCAAAAGUAUGAUUUCUGCAUUUGAUACAACGCCAUUUUGGAGAACGGUCAACAGAAGCUUACAAUUUCUCAUCAUAUAUAUUGGAGAACAUCAGCUGUUAAAAUGAGUCUCUCUGAGGAGAGUGCUGCAUCUCCAGAGUCCAGCUGUGCAUCUAUGAAGACGGAUGAGUCAAUGGAUUCACCCCGUAACUUCAGUGAUGAAAAUGUGACCUUCGACCCCAGGAGAACAUCUGCUGUUAGUUUCUAUGAGGAGAGAGCUGCAUCUCUAUCUAUGACUAAUGAGUCUAUGGAUUCACCCCGUAACUUCAGUGAGGAAAAUGUGACCUUCAACCCCAGAGAUGAUCAGACUGGAACGACAGAGCAUGGUUCUCACCUAACAGCAAACAAUGAACUACAGAGAAUCAAAGAACAGCUCAAAAGUAGCAUGAAAAACAAGUAUGAGAGCUUAUUUGAGGGAUUCAAACUACAAGAGAAUCAAACCCUACUGAACAGUAUCUACACACAACUUUACAUCACAGAGGGAGACGGUGAAGGGUUGAAUGAAGAACAUGAGGUUUUAAACAUGGAGAAAACUCCCAGAACACAGCACACACAAGACAUUCCAAUCUACUGCAAUGACAUCUUUAAACCCUUACACGAACCAGAAUAUAACAAGAAAGACAAAAUAAAGACUGUUCUUACUAAAGGCAUAGCUGGAAUUGGAAAAACUGUUUCAGUGCAGAAGUUUAUUCUGGACUGGGCAGAGGGAGAGGCCAAUCAGGAUAUAGACUUCAUGUUUGUGCUUGCAUUUCGAGAAUUAAACUUAAUUAAAGAGGAUCAGCACAGUCUUCAUAGUCUUCUGCUGGACUUUUAUCCUGAACUUCAAGGUCUGGACUCAAAGAUUUUUGAGGGGUGCAAAGUUGUUUUUAUAUUUGAUGGUUUGGAUGAAAGCAGAAUCACACUGAUGUUUUCAGAUGGUCAGAAGGUUUCUGAUGUGAAUGAGUCUUCAUCUGUUGGUACAUUGUUAUCAAACCUGGUGAAAGGAGAGCUGCUUCCCUCUGCUUUCAUCUGGAUCACCACCAGACCAGCAGCAGCCAAUCAGAUCCCCUCAAAAUACAUAAACCGCCUGACAGAAAUUCAGGGAUUCAAUGAGUCACAGAAGGAGGAAUAUUUCAGGAAGAGGAUCAGUGCUGAGCAUCAAGCAAACAGAAUAAUAUCACACAUUAGAAGAGUAAGAAGCCUCCAUAUCAUGUGCCACAUCCCUGUCUUCUGCUGGAUAUCAUCCACAGUACUUCAGAAGCUCCUGGAAGAAGAUCUGAAUGCAGAAAUCCCUCAAACUCUGACUGAAAUGUAUAUUCACUUUUUACUCAUUCAGAUAAAUAUGGGGAAUCAGAAGUAUGUAAAGAGAAAUCCAAACAAACUCCUGCAGUCCAACAGAGAAAUGAUUGUGAAACUUGCAGAAUUGGCUUUAAAACAGCUGAUAAAGGGCAAUGUUAUGUUUUACGAGGAGGAUCUGAGUGAGUGUGGCAUAGAUGUCACUGAUGCAUCAGUGUAUUCUGGGAUUUGCACUGAGAUCUUUAAGGAGGAAUCUGUGAUUCAGCAGAGGAAGGUCUACUGCUUUAUACAUCGGAGCUUUCAGGAAUUUCUAGCAGCUUUAUGUGUGUUUUACUCCUAUCAGAUAAAGAAAAUGGAGUCACUGAAGUUUUUUCUUGACUGCAGACAUGAGAGUAAUAUGUCUACACCAUACUCAUUGUGCGAUCUUCUAAAAUCAGCAGUUACUAAAACUCUUCAGAGUAAAAAUGGUUAUCUUGAUCUUUUUUUGCGGUUCCUGUUGGGUAUCUCACUGGAGUCCAAUCAAAGACUCUUAGAGGAUCUACUGACCCACAAAGAAAACAGCUCAGAGACUAUCAGAGAAACCACAGAGUACAUUAAAAACAAAAUCAAGGAAAGUUAUGGUCUCUUAGCUGACAGAUCCAUUAGUCUGUUCCUCUGUCUUCUUGAAGUAAAUGAUCAGACACUGUUCAGAGAGAUUCAGGAGUUUGUGAAAUCAGGUGAACAUUCAGAGAAUAAACUCUCCCCUGGACAUUGCUCAGCAAUAGCCUACAUUUUUCAGUUAUCAGAGGAGGUGCUGGAUGAAUUAGACCUCAUGAAAUACAAUACAUCAAAUGUGGGUAGAAGGAGACUGAUACCUGCUGUAAUUAACUGCAGAAAAGCCAAAUUUGCUGGAUGUCAUCUGUCUGACCAGCACUGUGAAGACUUAUCUUCAGCUCUGCAAUCACCAAACUCCCAUUUGAGAGAACUGAACCUGAAUAACAAUGACCUGCAGGAUUCAGGAGUGAAGCUGCUCUCUGUUGGACUGAAGAGCGCAGAAUGUCCACUAAACAUACUGAGAUUGGCAGGCUGCAGGCUGACUGGUGAUUGCUGUGAAAGUUUGUUUUCCGCUCUCCAAUCAUCAAAUUCAAAUUUAAGAGAGCUGGACCUCAGUAACAAUGGCCUGCAUGAUUCAGGAGUGAAGCUGCUCACGGAUGGACUGAAGAGUUCACAUUGUGAACUAAACACACUAAGAUUGGUCACCUGUAAUAUCACUGUUCAGUGUUGUGAAGGUUUGGGUUCAGCUCUACAGGCUUCAAACUCCUGUCUGAGAGAGCUUGAUUUGAGUAAUAAUGACCUGAAGGAUUCGGGAGUGAAGCUGCUGUCGACAGGACUGAAAAGUACACAAUGUCAACUUAACAUACUGAGGUUGUCUGGCUGUAUGGUGACAGAGAAAGGCUGUCAUUAUCUGGCUGUCGCUCUGGGUUCAAACCCCUCACACCUGAGAGAGCUGGAUCUGAGCUACAAUCACCCAGGAGAUUCAGGAGUCAAGCUGCUCUCUGAAAAACUGAAGGAUCCAGACUGCUCGCUGAACCAACUGAAUGUGGAUCAUGGAGGAGAGAUGAGGAUUACAGCAGGACUAUACAAAUAUGCCUGCGAUCUCACACUGGAUCGAAACACAGUACACAAUCGUCUCAUUCUGUCUGAAAACAGCAAAAAGGUGACACAUGUGGAAGACUGUCAGCAAUAUCCUGAUCAUCCAGACAGAUUUGAUGGGUGUCCUCAGGUUCUGUGCAGAGAGAGCCUGUUAGGACGCUGUUACUGGGAGGCUGAAUGGAGUGGAACUGCUAUUAUAUCAGUGACAAACAAAGGAAUCAGAAGGAAAGGAAGAAGUUGUACCUGUGAGUUUGGGUACAAUAAAAACUCUUGGAGUCUGAUAUGUUUUAAUAAUAUAUUUACUGUCUGGCACAAUCUUAAUUCAAUUGACCUACGUGUCCCUCCACACUCCUCUAAGAGAGUAGGAGUGUAUGUCGAUGUAUCGGCUGGCACUCUGUCCUUCUACAGCGUCUCUGACACACACACACUUACACACUUACACACAUUCGUCAACGCAUUCACUGAGUCACUUCAUGCUGGAUUUACAGUUUUUGAUUCAGUAUCUCUGUGUCAGAUUGAAAAGUAGGCCAGUAAGCAACAACAGAGAUAGCUUACCUUUGUUUUGAAAUUGUUAAUUACGCAUAUUUAACUGUUCUUAUUUUUUCUCCUGUUAUAAAAAUGUGGCGUUUAUACUAAACAGACACAAAACGUUUUAUUACUUUUAACAAAUAUAUUAUUUAUUAAGAUUAAUUUAUUAGCACAGAUUCCUCACCCAACUCCAGCCUUGGUGCUUAUAAAUCUGUAAAUGAUCUCUAGACACCUGGUUACCAUGGUAAGAUAAGAGCCAGAUCAGAUAAAGUUUAUGACCUGGAAGUAUGUAGAAAGAGUCUUCCUCCUUACUUAAUUCUCUUUAAGACAGACACAUAAUGCUAUAGGAAUGAAUUCAUAGACAAAUUUGUCCAUUACUUUCUUAUCAUACAUAUCCCCAGGUCAUU